AUGUGGAAGAUAUCAGAAGACUAUUACAAUGGCAUCUUCUACCUGAGUCUUUGGCCUUUCAGUGGCACCAUGAUGGUUCUCGCAGACGCUGACGCGGCGUCGCAGCUUGAUAGCCUGGCUCUCGGUAAAGGGCUCGACAUAAUCGACCCCAUUGAGAAGGUCACUGGCGGAAAGAGCUUGUUGACCAUGAAAGGAGAUGAAUGGAAGCACUGGCGACGCUUGUUCAACCCGGGGUUCAGUCCUGGGUACAUGAUGGGCUUGACGUCCGCCAUCGCAGAUGAAGUGGGUAUUUUCCGGCAGAAACUUCUGGAUAAAUGCGCGACCGGCCAGAGCGAAGUGUUCUUACUUGAGGAUCUGACCCUAAAGAUGACGUUCGAUAUAAUCGGGUCCGUUGUGCUAUAUCUCACCAUCCGUCCGCUGGUUCUCUGGCUCAACGGGAAGAAGCUGGACCAGUACCUAUCUGCAGAAAUUGACAAGAGACUUACAGGGCGUUCUGAAAGUUUGUCCAACUCAAACGACACAACGCGCUCGAAGUCGAUAGCUUCGCUUUUCAUCGAUGAUUACCUUAAGGAGUCGGGCGAGGAAAACCUCGGCAAGAGAGAACACGCAAAUACCACGCAGAAGAUCAAACAUAUCAUCACACCCCAGAAUCCGGAGAUCGUAUCUCGCAUCAUAGCAGAACAUAACGAAGUCUUUGGAACCGACCCAUCACAGGUUCAUGACAAAAUCCGCAAGGACCCUCAACUUCUUAACAUGAUACCCUACACCGUCGCAUUCAUCAAAGAGGUGCUGCGCAUAUUUGCCCCGGCCGGUGCUAUGCGUCAAGGACGUUCCGACGUCCAGAUUGUUGACGCGGACGGCCGCGUACUCCCCACAGAAGGUUGCAACGUCUGGACUCUUGUGCAGGCUAUACAUCACAAUCCCAAGUACUGGAAAGAUCCUGAUGCCUGCAUUCCUGAGCGUUGGCUCGUUGGCCCGGGAGACCCGUUGUAUCCCCAUAAGGGCGCCUGGCGGCCAUUUGAGUGGGGUCCACGGAACUGCAUCGGGCAGACGUUAGCGAUGCUCGAGCUGAGGGUUGCUUUGGCCAUGACUGUGAGAGAGUUUGUCAUCAAGCCUGCGUAUGAAGACUGGGAUAAGCUUCACCCCAAAUCCGGUAUUCGCAGCUUCAAAGGCAAUAGGGCGUAUCAAGCAGUUAAGGGCGGGGGCGGAGCACAUCCGGCAGAUGGAUUCCCUGUGAAGAUUGGCCUACGGAGUUGUUGA